GAAAUGUGGGGUUUUGGAUUUUUAAAUUACUCUCGUCAGGACUUUUAACUUGAAGCCAGAUCUUGUUUUCAUAAUUUGUCAUCUUGGAUAUUUUUUCCAUAAUAAACAGGAACAAGGAUGGCAUCCUACAAUGACAUGGGUUCUGUGAGAACCGCUCCAGUGAUGGCUCAGAGUUUUGUCGCCAGCUGUCCAUCUUAGGACUGCCAAGGAAGACACUUUUCAUCCACUCAUCACCAAGCAACGGCAAACGUCUUUCAGAGAGGACGUCCAAGCUGUACAAACGGGAAUGGCAAGUCACAAAGACCCUCGCUUUCUGCACAACCUGUCCCAUCAUCCUCGAUGGCAGCCGGAAUGCUUACAAGUGAUCAGAAAAAGACACAUAUGGACUAAUAAUGGUCGAGAUCGUAUUCGCUUUGAUUCCUGGUCCCUGCCACCAGUGUUGUUGACACCCCUGUUGCCAUUGUCCCCAGUGCAGUGUUUCAAAAGCCGUCGAGUGAGCUGGCUUCUACUACCCUUAAUUUUAAUCUUAUCCCUACCUUGUCAAGCCUGGGCAACUACCUUCAAGGUGGCCUUGGUUGGACCCUGGACUUGUGACCUCUUAUAUUCCAAAGCUCUCCCGGACUUGGCGGCGCGCCUCGCCACCGCCCGCAUCAACAAUGACCCCUACCUCAACAAGGGUUACUGGUAUGACUACACACUGAUCAACGAGGACUGCAAGUCAUCCCGCGCCCUCGCUCGCUUUGCCGAGCUGGAAGGCUACGGUGCAGCGUUCCUGGGCCCGGCCAACCCAGGGUACUGUACCUCAGCUGCUUUGUACGCUAAAGAAUGGGAUGUUGGGUUUCUCUCCUGGAGUUGCCUGAAGCCAAAUAUGAGAGAAGGAGGGAUGUAUCCCACUUUCCUACGACCACAGCCGCUGUCCUCACAUGUUCUUUUCGCGGUGCUGCGCUACUUCCGCUGGGCCCAUGUGGCCAUCAUCUCAGAGGACAGUGACAUCUGGGAGGCCACAGGACAUGAGCUGGCGUCGUCUCUGAGGGCUUUGGGCCUGCCCGUCAACCCUGUGGCAACAAUGGGGGCAGACGAUGAUGGUCCCAGGAGAGCCUUGACCAAAGUUCGGGAAACAGAUCGUGUUAGAGUGGUCAUCAUGUGCAUGCCUUCUGUCCUGAUUGGCGGCCAAGCCCAGUACAGACUCCUAACCACAGCUUUAGCUAUGAGGAUGAUCGACCGCGGCUAUGUGUUCAUCCCCUAUGACACUUUGCUCUACUCGCUCCCAUACAACGACGCCUUCUACUACAUCCUGGGCAAUGACACCAGGCUGAGGAAAGCCUACGACGGCGUGCUCACCAUCACCAUGGACUCUGGUGAACGCAAUUUCCAACAGGCCUUCAAAGACGCUCAGGACACCUACGAAAUCCGCAGCAGCACCUCACCAGAGAACGUUUCUCCAUUCUUCGGCACCAUCUACAACAUGAUGUACUAUAUAGCAAUGGCUGCCGAGCAGGCCCGCGCUAACAGCGGCCACUGGGUGACCGGCGAGAUCCUCAGCACCAACGACGGAGGCUUCGAAUUUGAGGGCUUCAAUCAGCACUUGAGGGCGGGUAGAAACGGCGAAGGCAUGCAAGCACGUUACGUAGUGCUGGACUACAGUGGCAUGGGCAACUCCCUCUACUCCACUCAUGUUUUGGAGGCUGCACACACUAACGGCAAGACCGGAGGCUUGAAGUAUCUUGGCCGAUCCAUCCAUUUUGCAGGAAGCACUCCUUACAAGGACUCCAGUUGUUGGUUUAGUCCUUAUUUUGCCUGCAGUGGAGGAAUGGACUCUGCUAUGCUCUUCAUUCUUUUCCUUGUCUUAGCUAUGGUGGUUGGGGGAGCGGUAAACAUCUUCAUACAUUUCAAGAGGAGCGGAAGAGUGGGCUUCAGCUUUACAGGUGGUGGCAGCGGUGGAGUGACCAAAGUGUUCCUAACUCUGGAUGACCUGGUCUUCAUCAACACACAAGUCAGCAUACGGAAGCUGAACGACGAGAGCAUCAUGAGGAGUCAGCUGGACAUGAAGACGCCUCACCACUCAGUGUCCGGUCGCAGCUAUUUGGCCUCCUCACCUGACAGCUCCAAUGUUGCUGUGUUUGAGGGUGAUUGGGUUUGGUUAAAGAAAGGCCCAGCUGGAUCUGGAUCGAGCAUCGGCAGGAGCACUGAGUCUGUCUUUGUCAAGCUCAGAGACAUGAGGCAUGAGAACCUCAAUCUGUUCCUGGGACUGUUCUUUGACUCUGGGAUCUUCGGUGUGGUGACGGAGCACUGCUCCAGAGGCAGCCUGGAGGACCUCCUCACCAACGAGGAAGUACGUCUUGACUGGAUGUUCAAGUCCUCCCUGCUGAUGGAUCUCAUUCGGGGCAUGAAGUACUUACACAAUCGGGGCAUCGUCCACGGACGCCUCAAAUCCAGAAACUGUGUGGUGGACGGUCGCUUUGUGCUGAAGGUGACUGAUUAUGGCUUCAAUGAAGUUCUGAGUGCCCAAAACGUCAGCAUAGAUGAAGAAAAGCCUGAAGAUCUGUUCUGGACCGCUCCUGAGCUGUUGCGCAAUCCUUCCCUGAGGAGGAAAGGCACUUUUCACGGGGAUGUCUACAGCUUUUCCAUCAUCGCACAAGAGGUUAUUUCCCGCUCUGCACCUUUCUGUAUGAUGGACAUGCCUCCCAAAGAGAUUAUUAGUAAACUCAAAGAGCCCCCUCCUUUGUGCCGACCCACUUUGUCUGUGGACGAGGCCCCGCUGGAAGUUAUCCAGAUCAUGAAGCAGGCCUGGAGUGAAGAACCCGACAAGAGGCCCACAUUUCAAGACAUUUUUAAACAGUUUAAAAAUAUCACCAAAGGCAAGAAAACCAAUAUUAUCGACUCAAUGCUGCGCAUGCUGGAGCAGUAUUCCUCCAAUUUGGAGGAUCUGAUCAGAGAGAGGACAGAAGAGUUGGAGGUGGAGAGACAAAAGACGGACGCCCUGGUGGCUCAGAUGUUGCCCAAGUCUGUGGCUCAAGCACUGAAGACCGGCAAGCCGGUCAAACCGGAGCACUUCAGUGAAGUCACUCUGUACUUUAGCGACAUUGUUGGCUUCACCACAAUCUCAGCACUGAGCGAGCCGAUCGAGGUCGUCGACCUGCUCAACGACCUCUACACGCUUUUUGACGCCAUCAUCGGGCUGCAUGACGUGUACAAGGUAGAAACCAUUGGAGAUGCAUACAUGGUGGCCUCAGGGGUUCCCAACAGGAACGGAAACCGCCAUGCAGCUGAGAUGGCCAACAUGUCUCUUGACAUCCUGCACUGCAUUGGAACCUUCAAAAUGAGACACAUGCCUGACGUAAAAGUCAGGAUCCGCAUCGGCUUGCACUCCGGCCCAGUGGUAGCAGGAGUAGUGGGCCUCACGAUGCCUCGGUACUGCCUCUUUGGAGACACAGUCAACACAGCAUCUCGAAUGGAGUCCACCGGGUUGUCUUACAGAAUCCACGUCAACCAGAGCACAGUGGAUGUCCUAAACAGCUUGAAGCUGGGAUACAAAAUUGAUGUUCGCGGUCUGACGGAGUUAAAGGGAAAAGGUAUUGAGUACACAUACUGGCUGGUUGGAAGGGAAGAUUUCAAGAAACCUCUCCCCAUUCCUCCAGACAUUAAAGGGGGAAGCAAUCAUGGCAUUGGCUUGGAUGAGGUUCCUCCUGACAGAAGACAAAAGUUCCUGGAUCGACAGAAGAAAAUGGGCUAGAACGGUGCGCAAUGCUUUGUGUGUUUGUUUGUUUUCAAUACUCAAUGCCCACCCAUUAAUAUUGUGACAUGAAGAACAUGCGCCAUUACGGAGCCCAUAAAGGGACAUGGAUGUUUUGCAAGAUCUCGCAAUACUUUUGCGAGAUCUCGCAAUAUUUUUUGUGAAAUCUCGCAAAAGGUUUUUUUCCUAUGUCAGUGAACCGGAAGUAAAACAGACACAGCGAUGGUGAACCGGAAGUGAAACUGACACAGCGAGAAAGUAUUGCGAGAUCUCGCAAAACUUUUUUUUCCCUCCAUGUCCCUUUAAGGGCUCCGUACGCCACACACAUAUUCGGGUGCAAUUAGUUGUGACCGGUUUGGGUUUGCCAAAAAAACAACCUUUCCACACAAAAACUACUUAAAAUAUGUUUUUUCCUUUUUGUUUGAUUUCUUUCUACAAAUAGAAUGACAUAAUAUUACUAUAUGUCAUGCUAAGGACUAUAAAGAAUAUGCAGUUAGAGGAAAGGACUGAUGUGUAUAAUAUUCAUACAUAGUCAUCUAAACUUCUCUGAUUUCGGAUAAACAUUUGCAAUAAAAGUGACUGUUACUAAAAAUUAUUAAAUUGUACUUAGCUCCAUAACCACCCCAGUCUCUCUUCAAUCGCCAUUGCUCACUCGCAAAGAUAAAUGCAUGGAAGCACAAUCAAGGUUCAAGCCCUAAAUAUGUCUCAUUAAUUAAACACAUGUUUUAAAUUAUAAAGUGUAUACAGAAGGUGCUCACCACUAAUGAAUGAUAAUAAAAAAAUGAAUCAGAGUCAUAAUUUAGCCUUUAGCUUGGUCACUAGUAGGGACGUUGUUACUACCCCGUGUACCAAUUCACGUAAAAUCAAAUGGUGUUUUAUUUUGAUACCUCAAGCCGGAAACAAGCAGUCAAGCACUCAGAUCGGGCUCGGCUCUAGAUAAUGUUACAAUUUUUCAUACCAACGAAGCAAGAAAAAAGCGCUCAAAAGUACAGUAAGGCUCUACUUUUCAAAAUGUGCUACCUCGAUGCUAAUCAACAUUUGAUUUGCUGUAAACAUGCUACCGGUUAGCAUUAGCCAUUUUACAUGCCGAUGUCAACACUUGAAUGAAAACUACAACUAAGAUGACAACCAAACAUAUGGUAUGCAAUUAGCACAAUACUUACAGUAUACACACUUUGUGGGGCUCAACAAAAGAAAAGUCCGGCACUUCAACUUAAUGGCAAAGACUACUUCCUGGCUAAGGCAACACACUGUACUACUACUGCCAUCUAACGUCUUGGAAUUGCACAACGGCAUACAAAGUUUACUAUAUAAUACAGUAAUGUACAGUACUUGCAAAUGAGACACAGAAGUGUAAGAAAACAAGAUAACUGGAAAGCACAGCUCACUGUUGAAUGUUAAAUUGAAAAGAUAUACAGUAUAU